AUGGGCAUCCGAGGGAUGCUUCGAGCCGCUGUGCUCCUGCUGCUCAUCAGGACCUGGCUCGCAGAGAGCAAUGACCCCAGUCCUACCCCGAAAUUCCACUUUGAGCUCUCCUCCACUGUGCCUGAAGUCGUCUUGAACCUCUUCAACUGCAAAAAUUGUGCAAAUGAAGCUGUGGUUCACAAGAUUUUGGAUAGGGUGCUGUCGAGAUAUGAUGUCCGUCUCAGACCAAAUUUUGGAGGUGCCCCUGUGCCUGUAGGAGUAUCUAUCUAUGUCUCCAGUAUUGAACAAGUCUCAGAAAUGACUAUGGACUAUACGAUCACGAUGUUUUUUCAUCAGACCUGGAAAGAUCCACGUUUAGCAUACUAUGAGACCAACCUGAACCUGACCCUGGACCAUCGGAUGCUUGAGAAGUUAUGGGUCCCUGACUGCUACUUUCUGAAUAGCAAGGAUGCUUUCGUGCAUGACGUGACUGUGGAAAAUCGUGUGUUUCAGCUUCACCCAGAUGGAACGGUGCGGUAUGGCAUCCGACUCACCACCACAGCGGCUUGUUCUCUGAAUCUGCAAAAUUUCCCUCUGGACAAGCAGACCUGCAAGCUGGAGGUGGAGAGCUAUGGUUACACAGUUGAAGACAUUGUAUUAUACUGGGAAGGCAAUGGGAAUGCCAUUCAGGGGACUGAGAAGCUGCACAUCGCUCAGUUCAGCUUCCUGGGAAAGACGAUGACUAGCAAAGAGGUGUUUUUCUACACAGGUUCUUAUGUGCGCCUGAUACUGAGGUUCCUGGUCCAGAGGGAAGUCACCAGCUACCUUGUACAGAUCUACUGGCCUACAAUCCUCACCACUGUUGUCUCUUGGAUAUCAUUUUGGAUGAACUAUGAGUCCUCUGCAGCCAGGGUGACAGUUGGUCUGACGUCAAUGCUCAUCCUGAACACCAUCAACUCACAUCUGCAGGAUAAACUACCCCAAGUUUCUUGUAUCAAGGCCAUCGACAUCUAUAUGGUCGUAUGCUUCUUCUUUGUGUUCCUGUCCUUGCUGGAAUAUGUCCACAUCAACUAUCUUUUCUACAGCCGAAGAGGACCCCGGCGCCACCAUAGGCGACGCAGGAGAGCACGAAGAGUCAUGGCCCGCUAUUGCUACCAGGAAGUGAAGCUGCAGGAUGACCAGGUUAACAUAGAAGAUGAAAAUGGCUCUCCGUCCUCCAGACCAGUGCAGGCCCACCUGGCAAGCCAAGAAAGCCUCGGCUCUUUGACCUCCAUCUCAGUGCAGGCCCCACUGGCCACCUCAGAAAGCCUCAGUUCACUGUCUUCUCUCUCGGGCCAGACCAGAGAAAGCCUGAGUGAUCUCCCCUCCACCUCAGAGCAGGCCCUGCACAGCUAUGGCAGUCACUUUAAUGGUUUCGAGAUUGAUGACAGCGUUAUUCCUACUGAAAUCUGCAACCAUGCUGAGGCCCAUGGCUUUGCUGAGACCUGUGACCCAGAAGACCCUGAAGAGAGCUCUAGCUCAGAUGAGAACCAUGGCCAUGGCCCCAGUGGGAGGCAUCUGCUUGUCCACAGCCUGAGGUAUGUGCAAGAAGCAAGCUUCAACCUUGAUGAGAUCCGUAGCAGCCUUGAUGAGAUCCGUAGCUUGCCUGAUGACAUCAAAGUUGAGAGUGGCUACCUUGACCUUGAGAAGCAACUCAAGUGUGAUGUUGACAGUACCUGGAGCCUUAACGUUGAUGAUUUCAUGGGCUUUGACCAAGACAAGGACAGUAACUCAGAGUCUGAUGACAGUUGCCCCCUGAGCCCUGGGUGCUCCUUCAGUGAAGGGUUUUCCUCCAAGCUCUUUCACCCUUACUACGUCCCUAAGGUUGACAGGUGGUCCCGGAUCCUCUUCCCUCUUGCCUUUGUGGUGUUCAACAUUGGUUACUGGGCAUACUAUAUCAAUUAGUCCCACAGUGCCCCAGAGCAGCAGGGACACUGUGCUAUGCUCCUUUCAUAGUUAUUUCGGUUCUGUUUUGCCUUCUUUGUUUUAUUUUGUUGUUAUUUGGGCAGUCAAGUCAGCUCUAAUUUUCUCUUUAUAAACAUGAGGUGGAGAGUAGUUGGAAAGGAUGUGUUCUGGCUGGAAGGAAGGAGAUUGAAGGAGGAGUUGGAGGUAAAUAGCACAUUGAUUUUCCUUUCCUGAUAAAAGAGUAUCACCUUUUCAAAGACUUCUAACAGCUAAUAAGCACAGAAAAGCCCUGGAAAUGUUUAGUAGACAGAGAGGAGCCAGGUUGGGGAACAGAGGAAGGAUCUGAGCCCUGAGCACAAACAUUUCUGGGAAUUUUUCCAUCCCCCCGAGGUGUUGAAUUCUCUUUUUCAUUGCUUUUUUUCUUCUGUUUUUUCCUCCUAGGGAUUGUGGUCCUUGCUCACUCCCCACUUAGGGUUUUACAGGAGAAAGUCAAGCUGAGUUGGCCUGGGGUGCACAGGGGAAGGGCUAGCCAUGGCUUGUAAGUGCAGGGAGCUGGCUCCAGGGAACUUGGGGGAUUUUGAAAGUGCCUUUUCUCCACUGUUUUUUCUGCUGUAUUUUGAGUGUGGUGUUGUGGCAGGG